AUGGAUAGAAGAGCGCUUCCUUUGAGACAGGGACCUAUUGACGAGAGGCAGUAUAGGAGUGCAUUGUCGCAAAUCAUCGCGGUGGAGUCUACGUCUUACCUCGCUCCGUCCACCGCCAGUGCUGAUUCUCUGAACAAAGAGUUCAAACUGCACAUAGGCAGAUUCUUUUACGAGAACGGGCUGGAUUUUGAUGCAGCCAGUUCAACAAGCUUUAAGAGCAUGAUCUCCCUAUUCUCUCGAAGGGGGAUUCAGUGUCAAGCUCCUACUGUCGAGGAGUUGAAUGGGUGGAUAUUCAGGGAUGUGAUGAGGGAAGCGACCUCACGCGUGGAUGAGAUCAAAAGAUCGUGGGCAGUCACUGGCUGUAGCAUCUUGCUCGAUGGAUGGACGUAUGCCAAUGACCGGACCUUUGUGAAUGUUUUGGUCGACUCCCCCAAAGGUACUGUGUACCUUUCCUCGUCCGACAUAACUGAUUGUGUUGGAAACAUGGAGGCUAUGCAGACGUUCCUAGCGAGGGUUCUGGCGGACGUUGGACUCCAUAACGUUGUUCAAAUAGUCACAUACUCGAGCUCGGCCUUCAUGAUGGAGGCCGGUAGGCAGCUCAUGGAGAGAUAUCGGCCAAUCUUUUGGACAGUGAGUGCUUCUCACUGCAUUGAGCUUAUUUUGGAGAAUCUGGCAACGAUGGAUGUCAUCCACGAGACGUUGGAGAAGGCGAAGAUCAUCUCAAGCUUUGUCCACAACCACCCGGUUGCUCUAAAGUAUGUGCAAGACCAGACGAAUGGGAGCGGCCUGGUUGAUUCUUCGAGGAUGAGUAUAAUGAGGCCCUUCCUGAUGGUCGAGAAUAUCGUGAUAAAGAAGGGAGCGUUGAAGAAAAUGUUCUCCGCCUCUCAUUCUCAAAGCUCGAACUUGAUGGCAACCGUGGAGGGAAGAAAAGCGAGUGAGGUGCUGGCGGAUCGUUCGUUCUGGAGAGGGGCCACGACUAUUCUGAAUGGCGCUAUACCUGUCGUGCGCCUGAUAGAAUGGAUGGACAACAGUGGAAGGGUCCACAUGGGGUAUAUAUACGAGACCAUUGAUCAGGCGAAGGAGACCAUCAAGGAGGGGCUCAAGAAGAAAUCUGAAUACAUGCCAUUUUGGGAUGCAAUCGACGAUGUUUGGAAUAAGUGCCUCUACGGCCCUCUCCACUCUGCGGGCUACUACUUUAACCCCAACCUUUUCUACACGAGCGACGCGUAUGUCGAUUCUGAAGUUGUCACCGGCAUGUCCUGCUUCCUUGUUCGCUCGGCUGCUGAUUUCCGUAUGCAGGAUCAGAUGGUUGUCCAGAUGGAGCUGUACAGAACCGGCAGAGGUGGCAUGGCUGCCGGAGUUCCUGAAGAACGAAGAUCGAAUCUUUCUCCCGGUGAAUUAUCACUCGCUCAUGUUAUAGUAGUCAUAUACAUGUCAUUCUUUCUACUAAACUGGUGUUUUGUUGUAGCUCAUUGGUGGUCGAGAUAUGCCGGGGAAUGCCCGGAGUUGCAGAGGCGGGUGAUUCGAUUGCUGAGCCAGACGUGCGACGGUGCAGCCAGGUAUCAGCUCAGGAGAAGCUUGGCAGAGACACUUUUGACCAAGGGAGGGAAUGAAGAUGAGCAAAAGUGGCUAAGGGAUAUGGUUUUCCUUAGAUACAAUAUGCAUCUCCAGAAUUUUGUGAUUGGCAGCUCUGUUUCCGAUGAUGCCAAUUGA